CUUUUAACACUUCAAGUUUGUGUACUAGUUUGGAGAUUCAUAAUUCUUCCUGUUAUGGGUCAAUUAUAUAAAAUUUGAGAGAUGUAUGGGUUGGAAAAUGAGUAUAGGGAUACGAAGUGAGAGAAAGCAGUAGAUAAGGUUGGAUUGCAGUUUCUUGUAUUUUCCUAGUUGGUGCUAUCUUCUCAUGAUUCUCCAUAGCCAAUAUAGAUAAAAAAGAAGGGAAAGCCUUAGCACAGUAAUUAUUUGGUACUAAGAAUGUUAGGUUCAAAAGGUGUGAGUGUAGGUUCAUUAGGCAGUUGUAUAGUGAAUGUGCCAACCCAUAAACCGACCUUGUCGCUGCCAUUGUUGGCAUCACCAAAUAAUAGUAUAGUGAAACCUUGUAUUGGAAAUAGCUGGAAAUUACGUACACCCAUGAAGACUGCCGUUGCUGCUGUUGAUUCCUCUCAACCUGCUGAAAAGCAAGAGACAGAAAGGAAGACAUACUAUUUUCUUGUAGCAAAUGCGAAAUUCAUGCUAGAUGAAGAGGAGCAUUUCCAGGAGCAAUUGUUUGAACGUCUUCGUCUGUAUGAAGAACGCAACAAAGAGCAGGAUUUCUGGCUUGUGAUUGAGCCAAAAUUCUUGGAUAAACUCCCUAAUAUUACCAAGAGAUUGAAGAGACCUGCAGUAGCUCUUGUCUCAACAAAUCGCCCGUGGAUCACGUUCAUGAAGUUGAGACUAGACAGAGUUUUACAGGAGAACUAUGAAGCUGACAGUGUAGAAGAAGCUUUGGCAUGUACUUCGAUUAGUCUUGAGUUUGAAAAGCCAGAGAAGUGGGUAGCUCCAUACCCAAAGUAUGAUUCCGGGUGGUGGACACCUUUCUUACCCCCUGGAUCAAAGGUGUGAAUAGCAGUCCUUCUUACUCAAUUUUGGGAUGUCCUGUGUGGUUAACGAAGUAGGUCAUACUCUGCCUCUUUGUUAGGCAGGCAUGACAUUUAAUUUCGCAAGUAUGUGAAAAGAUGAACUGUGAAGCACAGAUGUAGGCUCUAGGUAAAGGUAUAUCUAGCUUAUUGGCGAAAUAUUAUAUGACCAGUUCCUGGUUGUUGAUGCUCAAAACCUGAUUAUGAGAUUAAGGAAGUGAUUGACGAAGAACGGAACUACUUGUUAUGCUGUUAUUAGUGAAAGAUGGUCCUUCGCUUAGCAGAAAAAAUAAUGUUGUAGUAGUUCAACGCUAAGUUUAAAUGUACCUCUAUAUGUACAGGCUGACAUGAAGCCAAAAUUCUUAUGCCUCAAUCUUCAAAAAUGGUGCAUGUUGCUCAGCGCAAAAAGAUAAUGUUGUAGUAGUUUGUCAA